GUCAGCGCCGGCGGGCGGGGCGCGCUCCUCCAGCCGGGCCUCGCUGGCCACCCCAUCCCCACCUGAAAACACCGCCUGUCACUCCGCCCCGGCGGAACCAAUCAACUCCCAAUUUGCUCGAGAUGAGGCGGGAAUUAUGCAAAUCGUGUCGCCUCCGAGCGGCACAUAGUGAUACAAGAGCUGGGAGGCGGCUCCGGCGCGGACCUAGGAGAGCGCGGCCGGCCGCCCGCCUGCUGGUCCCCGUCCGCGCGGCCCGCGGAGGCUCAGAGCCACCCAGCGACGCGGCAGCUGCCUCAGGCCCCGCCAUGGGGAAGACUAACAGCAAGCUGGCCCCAGAGGUGCUGGAGGACCUGGUUCAGAACACGGAGUUCAGCGAGCAGGAGCUGAAGCAGUGGUACAAGGGCUUCCUGAAGGACUGCCCCAGCGGCAUCCUCAACCUGGAGGAGUUCCAGCAGCUCUACAUCAAGUUCUUCCCUUACGGAGACGCCUCCAAGUUCGCGCAGCACGCUUUCCGCACCUUUGACAAGAACGGCGACGGCACCAUCGACUUCCGGGAGUUCAUCUGCGCCCUUUCGGUCACCUCGCGCGGCAGCUUCGAGCAGAAACUCAACUGGGCCUUUGAAAUGUACGACCUGGACGGCGACGGACGCAUCACGCGCCUCGAGAUGCUGGAGAUCAUCGAGGCUAUCUACAAGAUGGUAGGCACUGUGAUUAUGAUGCGCAUGAACCAGGAUGGGCUCACACCACAGCAGCGAGUGGACAAGAUCUUCAAGAAGAUGGACCAAGACAAGGAUGACCAGAUUACACUGGAAGAGUUCAAAGAAGCAGCCAAGAGUGACCCGUCAAUUGUGCUGCUGCUGCAGUGUGACAUGCAGAAGUAGAGGCUGGUGAGGGGCUGGGCCAUCGCCCAACCCGAUGACCUCUCUAGCUGGCCCUUCCCCUGGGGGAGGGGUACUCCAGCAUUACUCCCUGGUCCCCCACCCCUCUGCUCCAUGCCCUUCCUCCUCUCAGUCAAGAUCCUCAAGGGACCACCUCACCCUGCAAAAGAGACAGGUCCUCAGGUAUCCUGUAAUCUAGCCCCACUCUGAGCCUGGGUCCAGAACCAGCAUCCACUGGGCAUAGGGGAGUUGGCCUGUGCCCCAAGAGUCAGGGUUAAGGAUGUGGGCUGAGGUUCUGCUUUGAAAUUCUGUUCAUUCCUAGGAUUAAGCUUUAUAGGAUAUGGUCCCACGGGCCCUAGUGAAAGGUCCAAAUUGGAUCUGUCUUUUCCUGAGAACCCAGAUCCCUUAGAGGUGGUCUCUUUCCUGCCCCUCGACUCUCCCUGGCUCCUCUUGGCCCUAGCCUUUGGGGUGUUUAUUCGGUUCUUUGUUCAGCUAACAAAUUGAGCAGCUGUUCUGUGCCAGGCACCUCUAGGUGCUAAGAAUAUGGUGGUUUACAAGUCAUAUUCCAUACCCACUUGAAGCUCAUAGGGUAGUGAGCCAAAUUUUCUAUGGUUAGGAUCUCAGAGGGGGAUGCUGAGCACAGCUGAGCAGGGGGUGCAGUAAGGCUUCUUAGUUUGAGAGGAGCUGUUAAACCUUCCAGCUCAGCUCUGCACAAAGCUGCAGAAGGAUGGAAUGGAAAGUGUUUAGAAGCUUAGGAGCCACAUGAGUGGGGAAUAGUGGAAGUUUAGAGAAAAAUUGAAAUUUAUGGAAUAUUUAUUUUUUUAGUACCCUUUAAAAGAGCUAAAGUCAUUUUAUUAGUUUAAGAUAUUAAAAUGUAGUCUAUAUGACUUGGUUAAAUGACUAAGUGAAUACAGAAAAUGCUGAUUUUUAGGAAACAAAGAGCUGAGGAAAAAAGGGUAUGUGGGGGGGGUGGUGGGCAUCAAACUUACCAGAUAACACUUUUUCUUAUGUCUCGGGCCUGAGCUGUCACAUUCAGCAGAUUCUGCUGUUUCUGCUGCUUUUUUUUAAUUACCUUUUUUUAGUUCAAUGAGCAACUCUAUUGUACCUACUAUGGUUGAAUAUCAACUACAGAGAUAGAAAAACCAAGGUUUGCCAAGAGCAAAACAAGUGUAUUUCCCACAUCUUGGUAAUUCAUUUCUGGACUUGGUGUAGUUUCCAGGAUGGGCUGCCACAGAAGCAAAGAGUUGGAAGAAGAGGACCACCUGGUCACUGGAAAGAUCCUGUUUUUAGGCUCCCAGGCCGAAUUUAUGAACCAAACGCCUAAAGCUCUGCUGGGUGUGCUCCAUUUGAAAGGCUUUUUCUAACCCUAAGUACUAAAUCUGCCAGGUAAUUCAUCAUCUUCCAAGUGCCCUGGCUUUGCUUUCUGAUGUCUGCUUUCCAGGUUUGGAUCCAUCUGCUAUACAGCUGCAUGCUUUUACUGCCAGAAAAAUUAAUCUUGCUUCUUCAUCAAAUCUUUCACUCUACUUUCUCCUGUACUUGUUGUGAUCAGCAAUUUGUUUCAACGUGUAGUGACAAUUGAUUUCCUCUUGAACUACUGGUGAAAACAGUCUAGAACAUAUGUGCUGUCAGCUGGGAUGGGAGUGGGGGAGAAUUGCUGAGUCAGCAAGGGGCAGCAUGUCCCUCACUUUUAGGUGCUCACCUGUCCUGCCUCUCUGCAGGUAGAAACUCUUAGGGAUACUGACCUUAGACCCCAAUCUCUAUUGUAUCUUCCUUUUUGCUACCCUUGGAGAUAGAUGCUCCUGACCAAGCAGGGCAGCUGGGUUGCCACCCUCUUUCUAUCUUUCUGCCUAUGACCAGCCAUAUGGUAAGGCUGGGGAAUUCACAUCUUCAGGCAGUAACUAGCAGGUCUUUAUCCAGUGAUGCCUGAAAGAACAUUCCAUUGGUCUCAGGAGCUGGCCAUUAGGUGUGUCUUUUGCUGCCAGUCAGCAUUACAAACUCUGGGACCUGAAUCUCCCAAUGGAAGGCUUUUCACAAGGUGGUAUUCUUUCCCCCCAAAUGUUGAAUCUAACCUAGCUUACAUUUGCAUAGAACUUCAUGGCUUUCAAAGCCUUGGCAUUCACUCAUUCUAUCCUCACAGCCUAGGAAAGUAGGAAUUUUCAUUCCCUUUCUCCAGACUGGGAACCUGAGGCUCAGAGAAGGGGAGUCCCUUGUGCAAGGUCACACAGCCCAGGAGGUGGCACAGUGCCAAGGUUUAAGCCCAAAGCUCUAAAAGGUUUCUUCCCAUCAGAGUGUCUUCCCUAUUCAUUCCUCUGACUCUGACUUGUGCAGAGGUUGACUGUGGGACCAGCUAAGUGGUUCUGGUCUUUUACAAGCUUCCUGCUAAAAAGCUCUGGGGCUGUGAUCUUCCAAAAAGAGAAAGGAGCUUGGUUGAAGUCUCCACACUUUCAAGCAUCCUGUUUUCUGCUUCUGGGCAGCUCUGCUAAUGGGCCAAUGCUGGCCUAGUAGACCUCUGACUUAUAACCCUAGAAGCAUCUUGCACUGUCUUUACCACCAUCUUCCUCCCUAAGAAAACUAUUUUUGUUUUAUCCUGGCUGUUUGGCAAGUCCUACUCAUGAGACCACGUGUGAUCACUCCCAGCUUCUGAACAUAUACCCUUGGGUGGUAUUUGCUGGUCACACCAAGGCCUCUCAGAGAGCUUAGCAGUGUGAACACAUAUUGCCAGACCAGCAAUUGAAACCACCAUCUUGUGGAUGGGGAGGAGCCACUGGUAGGCCAGGUCUUGCUCCCACAUGAUCCUGGGUUUCCCAGGGACUAUUUCCUCCGGAGCCCCUGUGGUAGAGCACUGGCCCUGCCUUGAGGAGAGAGGCAGCCUCCCAUCUUUGCCCCAGAAGAGAGGGACUUGCCACAAAGCACAAGGUUAGCAGGGAUUUAAGUAUGACUUACAUAGAAGAAUACACAGGCACAGCUGAAAGAGCCAAACUCUCCCUUGAAGUUCUAGUCUUCUCACCGCAACUCUGAAUUGCAAUGUCCCACAAUCUGCCUUUCCACUGUAUUCUGUCUUCAUUAAUCCUUUUGGGAUGAUUGAGGAGUCCCUUGUUUCUUAUCUCUAAAAAUCAUCAGCAAGGGCUACUUUAGAUGGCACUCCAGUCCUUUGACCUUUGAGCUUUCAUCAGGAUUAUAUAAUUUACCUUUGAAUCAAAAGUUAAAAAAAAAAAAGGAAUCCCAUAAGCCAAGGCAUUAAAUCCCUUCUUUCCUGACAAUAACAGAGUCCCUAGAGGUAGAAAUUUAUCCUGCUGCAGAUACAGAGGGCCAGGG